AUGACAGACUAUUCAAGAUUUGAAGACGAUAUCAUUGUGAGCUCAUAUCAUGCUCAAUCGCCAAACCGCAAUGGAGACGUUCCGUUAAGUAUUAAUGAUUCAACAAUACCAAAUGAUGAUGGUGAAAAUAUAGAUUUAAGAAAUCACUUUGAUGGUCGCCUGGAUGUGAUAUUUAGUGAUGGUGAUCGUAGAAUAGAUGUAAAUCAAUUUUGGGAGAUGAACUACCAUGAAGCGUCUAUAUUUCUAGAAGAAGGAGAAAAUAAUGAAAAAUUUGAUUCUCAUCCACAUGAACCUGAAGCUCUUCCAGCUUACCUAUUGGUACAUAAUGACUGGUACUAUGGAAUGGAUUUGGCCACAUCACUAGUUUUAAUUGUACUAGCAUUUGCAGAAGAUCCAGCUACACCACCGUUUGAAAUGCCAGUUGCUCUCCACAGUAUUAUUGAACUAUUUGCCCUAGCAGUGAUAGGUCUUGGUUUGGCAUUAAAACUUAGAUGGAUGGGUUGGUUAACAAUUUUGAAACACAAACGAACCAUGUUAAAAUGUAUAACAUUGACAAUAAUGAUUGUUGAAGCAUUUGUGGUAUUGAUACGUCAGACGUCUCAUUUUCGAGUAUCAAGAGCAUUACGACCAAUUUUUUUAGUUGAUACUCAUUACCUAGGUGGUGUUCGACGUUUUAUCCGACAAAUACUCCAAUCAUUACCUCCAAUAUUUGAUAUGUUGUUGUUGAUAUUUUUUUUUGUCACUGUGUACUCCGUGCUUGGAUAUUAUUUAUUCAAAAGCACUACAGAUGUACACAACCAUUUUGACACUUUGUUUAAUAGCUUUGUCAACAUGUUUGUUUUGUUAACUACAGCCAAUUUUCCAGAUAUCAUGAUGCCAGCUUAUUCAAAAUCUAAGUGGUAUUCUCUCUUCUUUAUUUCAUACUUAUGCAUUGUGUUGUACCUCCUUAUGAAUUUGAUGUUGGCCGUAGUUUAUGAAACAUUCACUAGUAUUGAAAGAGAUAAGUUCCGAAAAUUACUGUUGCACAAACGUCAAGCUUGUAAAAAUGCAUUUAAGCUACUUUUGACCAAAGAAAAUCCUAACCAAAUGGAAUUUCCUCAGUUUGAAGGAGUUAUGAGAUACUAUGCCCCCAAAAAAGGCAACCGAGAUUUAUUAGUGAUGUUUAGAUAUUUGAAUACAAGUGGAACAGGUUCAUUGACCAUUGAAGAAUUUUAUGGUAUAUACGACUCUGUAAUGAUGACUUGGCAACCACAAGCCAUAGAUACUCCUUGGUAUUUUACUGCAUCCCCUGCCGUACAAAGAAUUUGUCAAACUGCAAACUCAAUCAUUUCGUGGCCAUACUUUGAUCAUAUAUUUUAUGUUUUAACUACUUUGAAUGGUAUUGCAAUGAUUGAACGAGGAAUGCAAUCUUAUCCAAGCUUACAAACCUCAGUACUUGCAUUUAGUGCAGGAUGGGACACUUGCUUCUUCUUAGCAUGUUUCACUCUAGAAGUAGCAUUGAAGACACUUGGCAUGGGAUUAGAGCGUUAUUUUUCAUCCGGCUGGAAUUUAUAUGACUUUGUUGUGACCUUUGGAGGUUUGAUUGCUGUAAUAUCACUACGUCUAUUUCCCGAUUUUGUCUAUGUAGUCGUUUUUAGACCACUAAAGUUGUUGCGAUUGUUCAAAUUGAAAAAACGCUAUCGAGACAUUAUUGGUACUAUGGCAAUUUUAUCACCUUUAAUUAAAUCUGCUGGCUGUGUUAUGCUCGUCAUGUAUUAUUUUUUUGCCAUAAUUGGAAUGGAACUGUUUGCUGGUUAUGAUAUGAGAAAUUGUUGCAAUGGCACAAACAUUGAAACUUAUUAUAAAUACACACCUGACAAAUCUGGCUAUUAUUAUUUAAACACGUUUCCUAAUUUGGCUGUCAGUCUUGUAACAUUAUUCGAAUUAACGGUUGUCAAUAACUGGUUUGUUGUGAUGAAUGGAUAUGCAACAAAAGUUCAUGCUGCCAGUCGAGCAUACUUUGUAUUAUUUUAUCUCUUCACUAUGGUUGUAUUAACUAUAGUUGUUGCAUCUGUUCUUGAAGCUUUCAGGUUCAGAAUUCAAUAUAAAAAGCAAACUACUAAACGAGAUGAGGAAAAAUUGCUCCACGAGGAAAUUGAAUUAAAGUGGGAAGAUGUUAUGAAUUAUGUAAAAGAUUUCCAAGCAUUGCAAAAGUAUAGAUCAGAUAUGUUUGUUGGAGUUGGUAAAAUAUCAUUUUUGGGAAGUCGACCAAGAAAUCGUCAAGUAUUACAGCGACGAAUGUAUAGACAUGAAAUUGAACAAUGGAUGCAAGAAGCUGCUGCUAUUGAUAAACGUCUAUAAGCAAUUAAGUUUCUAAACACUGAAGAAAACGAAUUAAACUGAUGGGGUCAAUUUAAAGGUAGCUUACUUAUUCACACUUGUCAUACAACUCAUAUGAGGCUUGAACAACAAAAAAUCAUUUUAUUUAACACUUUAUUAUUUACCUAUGCUAGUGAUUUUUCAUUUAAAACAUGUAUAACACUUAAAAAUUAUAAUUUUUUUAAGUUCUAUGAAAAUUAACUUUUUCAAAUCACACUUUGACUUUAUGUCAAUUUAAUAUCAUGCACUUAUGAUACUUAUCUUAUGAGCUAUCAAAGUACUUAUGGACACUUUUGAAGAAAACAAUUGUCAUUUUUGUGCUAUUCAUGAGUUGCUGACAAAAGUAUUAUACUAUACAGUAUUGAUUUAUUAUCCUGUGAUUAUAGUAUUAUUCCGAACAAAAUUGAACAAGUAUUCUGUUACUAUUUUUUUAGUUUUUAUUUUUAUUUAUUAUCAUUGUUUUAUUUUUAUUAAUAUUAUUUAUUUCUGUUAUGAAUUAAACGUUUUGCCUGUGAUUAACAUUUUAUUACAUUAAAUAUUGAGUAUACCUUUUUUAGAUCAAUACAAUUGAAAGUUUAUAGACAAAAUAAAAUAUUGCACCUAACUGUAAAUUUUAAUGUUUAGGCAAAAUAAUAUUUUUCUUAUAAUGUCGAACAUCUAUGCCGGGUUUCAUAAAAAUUAAUUAAUCUAACGCUUUAAUGAACUUUAAUGGGCCACUAAAUCAUGUUUGAGGGACCAUUAGCUCACUUUUGAUUCCGUAGAUGUUUAGUGGUUGUUCGUGCAACCUGGCACUAAACUUCUAAGUUGACGAAUAAAUAUGUUAAGUUUGAAUGGAUCUAUACUUUAUGCCUAAUCAGAAUGCAAUUCAUUGUCUAUGUGUAAUUUACUCCAUUAACUCAUUUUCUUUUGGGCUUAUGGGUUUCAUUGUUAAUCAUUCCUCUAAGUAUAAAAAAAAAAACUAUCAACUACUCAUCUGUCUAUCUAUGACAGAAAAAACUAUGUUGAUAAUUGAAUAAUUGUUAUGAACCAAUGAUUUAAAACAUGUUAUAAAAUAUUUGAAACUUAUACACUAUUAUUAUCACUCUUGAAAUGUAUAAUAACUAAUACCAUCCACAUCAAAUACAGAGUAUAUAACCAUUUUAAUGUUUUUUUUUCAAAUGUAUAACUUUAUAUCUAGUUAAUAUUUUUGAAAACUAAUAAAUGAAUUAGAAAGCCACGGUUAUGAUGGAUUAUAAUGUAGUUUAGUUUACAUAAACUGAACAAAAAAAAAAUGUUAUUAUAGUUUUUUUAAAAAUCCAUGAUAAGAUUUUGUAAGUAUUUUAAAAGUUAAAUUACUUAUUUCCAUCUAGUAUUAAAAUAAUUAGGUAUCUAAGUAUUAAAAGUUUAAACUGGAGGUGGGCAAGUUCAUUAUAGAAUUGCAAACAUAAAGAGCACUCUGUACAUAAUUUUUUAACCAAACAUUAUUGCAUCAU